AUGGAUUCAUGGACGGAGGAGAGCCACGCCGGAGACGAUUUGGGAUUUGAGUUCGAGACACUUAAGCUCAUAGGCUUCUUGUUGUGCCUUGCAAUAGGGACCAUCGUCGCUGUAACAUAUCAGUGCCUUGCCGUUGCUGACCAAAGGCGCAUGCGAAACAACAACAACACACAGCAACAACAAAAUGAACAGCAACCUCAGGGGCUUCAAAUCAACCGACAGUUGAUCCCAGUUGUCGAAUACAGCAAAGAAAGCAAAGAUGGGAUUUGUGCUGUGUGCUUGUGUGAGUUCAAAGUUGGUGAGGCAAUUCGUGUGUUGCCUGAAUGCAUGCACUUGUUUCAUGCCGGCUGCAUUGACAUGUGUUUGAGCUCUCACUCUAAUUGCCCACUUUGUCGUACUGAUAUUGAGCCGCGACAUGUCGUUUUAUUGGUGCCACAAUUCAGAGGGGGAAACCUUAGCAUUUGA